UGUUUGAAGGCUCUGCUGGAGGGUGAAGGUGUGAUGGAUGUGAUGGGACUGGUGUUGGCUCUGGGGAAUCACAUGAACGGAGGAAACCGGACCCGAGGUCAGGCGGAUGGCUUCGGACUCGAGAUUCUUCCCAAACUGAAGGAUGUCAAGAGCAGAGACAAUCGUAUCAGCCUGGUGGACUAUGUGGUGUCCUACUACCUGCACAAUGUGGAUGAGAACGCCGGCACAGACAAGAGUGUAUUCCCACUUCCUGAACCUCAGGACCUCUUCCUGGCUGCACAGGUCAAGUUUGACGACCUGAACAGAGACCUGAGACAGCUCGGACGAGAUCUGACAAGUAUGUGA